GCGCUAAAAGUUUGUUCGUGACUGUGAAAAUUAGGAUUAUGUCGCGGCAGGUGAUCUGGUUUUGGAAUAAUUUAGGUUGAAACACCUCUUUACAAGUUGGCGAGCGGUUCCGUUAUUUGCUCACAAAACCCACGCAGGACUCAUGGGAGUCGAUCAUUUUGCCUCCGCAGAAGAACAGAAUCGGUACGAAAAAUGUGGCUGUGCAGAAUUUUUGCUUUUUGCUCGAUUGCGCUGAUAAUAAGCUUGGCGAACUGCGCCAGUUUUCCAGCGCCAGGAAAUACAACUGCCGAUAUAUUUGAAGAUGAAUUGGAAACGACGACAGAGCUUAUGGCUAGCAAUACUACUGGUACUCACCUCAAUGAUGACCUCAGAGCGCCGCCGUUUGGUCGUCCAGGAGCUGUAAAUGGAAAGCCAUGGUGGCUAGGGCGAAAUGUGUGCACAGAGGUGGACAACAGCAAAAAAGCAGCCAUCUCAAGCACCUCCUCAGCGUCGACUUUUGUUGUUUUUGGCAACGGAGAAAACCAAGUCAGUACUCAGGAAGCUAAAAAUUGCGUUUUGACGCCAGAAUUGUACUUUUGCACAAUUACACGCGCAAUUGGUAAUCAAACAAUCACGGAAACAACCAAAUACCAGUGCUGCAGUGGAUACAAAAACUCGCAAAUUCCUUGGCACAAUGGAAGAUGCAUUAAAAGUUAAACAAAGUUUAAAGAAAAUUGACAGCUUUGUUGAUUAUUCAAAAACAAAAGAAUAUAUUUUGCACUAAUUUCUCUUAUUUUGAGGAGCGGCAACAAAUUAUCACAAAAGUAAAUUAAAUUAUCGCCUUUUAAAGGAAGAAAAUUAAAUAAAUAGUAAUCAAACACAAAUUAAUUGUUAAAUUAUGCGUUCCAUGGACGCCAUGGAAAUUAAAAAUACAUUUAGUAAAAUUUAAAAAAAGCUUUUUUGCGUCUAAAUCUCUAUUUCAUGUCGUUUUAAUAAAAAAGGUGUAUAUGCAACUCUCAUUUUGCAUAAUGCAAUAUUAUUAUUUAUUAUAAUGUAUCAUUUUAAAUAUAAUUCCAGCGGCUCCUCCUAUAUUCUUUCAAACUGUAGAAUAAUGUAAUUGCUACAGUUAUGGUUUUAAUAAAAAUGCGUUAAUGACGCAGGUACUCUAAAAGAGUGAUAAACGUUCAAUGCACACACGCCUUUCCUUCUAUAAAUUGUAAAGUACAAUCUUGCAAAAUAAAAAUAAUUAUGAGGAUUUCAUAACUGAACAUAAAAAAUUAUUGCUCACAAAAAAAAACAGGACGUUUCUGCGUGAGCUGUUUUUAUGAAUUUAAUUAUUAAAGCACUUUCCUCCUUGACAAACAUUGACUGACGAUAAAGAAAUUUCCCGGAAAUUUCAUCAUUUAUUCCUCUUGCUGCUAGAAAAAAAUAUCAUAAAAUGGAAAAUCACCUAAAUUCGGGCUUCGGGCAAUGCACAUUAUCUAAGUUAAAUUUUUCCUUCUUACACAGUACUGCGGUCCUCAAGAAACAUGUAUUCAAUAUUUUCAUCAUUGACAUUGUAAUUUUUGUUGUUCUAUAGUUCUAAGAUUAAAGAUUCUGGAACAUUUUUCAUAAGCAGUUUCACUAUAGUUUAAAUUAAAAUUCCAUUUACAGACAAUUUUAAAAUAAAAUGAUAUAAUUAAAAAACAUUAAUUUGUCAGUUACAAAAGUGCCUUCUAGAUAGAAUUUUUGCAAUCUUUUGAUAUUUUGUGCAUCCCCAUGAUAAAACGAGCUUGGCAAAAUUGGUACGUUGCAAAGAAGGCCUAAAAAAGAACUGUACUGUGCCCGGUCAGCACCAUCAGCCUAAUAUACAUCAUGUUGCAGUCGCAGUCUUUUGAUGGUUGGGGCUUUGGUGUAGCAAGAAAGCCAAAAUUGUAACGUUAAAAUUCCUGGAAGUUAAGAGAUCGGACUUUUUGUCCCUGUAAAAAUUUUUUUUUAUUAAAAAACAAAUGGUUCUACCAGUUUUAGUCACGAGAUGUGCGACCCUAUUUCAAAUGAGAGCUGCUCGCUGACCAAUACAAGAAAUAGAAAGUCUGUGAAUGAGAACGAACCUGGUAGAGCCGUUUUGUUCAUGAAUAAAUAAACAAUAACAACAAGGAAAGCCUGAUCUCUUCACUUCCAUGCACGAUCAUCUCCUCGAGGGUUAAUUUCUUCAAACAAAUCCUUAUCCUUAUGCAUUAGGUAAAAUGUAUCGCAAUAAAAUUCAAAUUUACCUGCAGAUGGCUGUGGUGGUUUUUCUGAUUUGUCGAAAUGUCUCAAGCACAUCGUCAGUACGGUAAGCACAACACAAACACACGCAAUUUCGAUUAUGCAAAAACACGCAGCACUAAAUUCACAGAGGAAAAAGUUGUUUGUUUACACACUUUAAACUUUUCUAAAAAUCCGCAGAUCACCAUCACCACCCUUCUGCGUGACCCUCCUCCGCACUCAUAUUAUUAUCCCUUCCACCUCCCCCUCGACCCCCUCGUCAGCAGCUGUAGAAAAAUUUUGUUUUUGUUUAUUUCUCAGAGACUCAGAGUCAUUUCAGAAUUUUUACGCAACACGCAACAUAUAAUUCUGAUCUGAACGUAAUUUACGUACGUAGGUAAUUUUCUUCUCAUGACGACGAGUUAACCGGAGCUAGCAUAGUUUGUUCCCAAUUUGUGGAAAACCAAACAUAACGAUGGGAUCUAAUCUGACAUCUUUGCUGGCUGAAGAUUCUGCAACAGGAGGCAAAAAUGAGGAGAGUGCUGAUGACCAUCAUGAAAAUAAUGGUCCAAUAAUUGGCACUUCCUCGAAUGCAGAUCAUCAGCAGACGACAGAAAAUGGCAAGAGUUUUGAAAAUACUUGUGGAUUGCCUUUGGAAAUCUAUGGAGAAGCUUUUGAUGCAGAAUUUACUGGUGUGGUUCGGCAUGUGCAGUCGUACAAUUGCAUUUUUGUGGCUACAGAUGCGCAGGUCUCUGUUGUUGAAAGACUCAGUCAUUGCUUUCAAUCUCUUUUUGAAGCAAAUCAAAAAGCUCAAAACAAACACCAUAUCAGCUAUGGAGAUGUUGUGAUUUUGAAAGGGAAGAAAGGAGAUUUUCUGAGGGCAGAUGUAACUGAAAUAAUAGAAGAAUAUGGAACCUCCAGUGGUGGAAUCUUACAAGUUACGCUGAUUGAUUUUGGUGAGGUGAUUCUGGUUGAGGCCCAGGAUUGUGUGAAGAUUUCUGAGGCGCAGUACCAGUUGAAGGCUCCUCAAGUUCAGAAAGUCGGCUUGAAAAUCGUCUACGAUGUCAAAGCUUUGGAGCAGUUGAAACAUAAAAUCAACACAAAACUCUUUGAAAUUCUGAAAAGGGGAGACAAAGUCCGAGUGUGUUUCUGCAUCAAUGAUUCCUCAGAAAUGUUGCCUAAAGCCAUUAUUACUAAAAUGGAGACAUCUGAAGAAGAAGAGGACACAGUCAACAACCAGGUGUCUCAGGUCUUAGCAACGUCAAAGUCCAAUGCCUUGGCAAAACUGAAAAACAACUCGCUCGCUGCAAUUUCCGCCUCUUUAGAAUUGGACUGUCCCAGCAAAGCAAUCACUGGCUACGAACCCAAAGAUGAAACAAGAGCCUGCAGAAUUUAUCAAAUCCAGGGCUUCUGUAACAGGGCCAACUGUCGCAAAGAACAUUUCAUGCUGCAUCCAGAUGGAUGGACUCAUGACCAAGAGCUGAUUUUCACCAAACCUUUCAGCUUCCUUGACCUUGAUAUUUCUGCUGGAUCAUAUCUCCUGAUUUCUGUUACCAACACAACCUUUAGCAAUUUCUACAGGUUCUAUGGUCACAUUUUGAAUUUGCCUUCAGAGCAUGGUUCUCUUGAUGAAUUGAAUCAGCAGAUCUUACAUUUGGCUGAAAAUUCGAGCUUAGAAAUUUUUGAAAUCCUGCCUGCUUUGGGACAGAUGGUCAUUGCUAGGGAUGACAAGGAGAACAUUUUCAGGGCAACUGUUGUUGACUUCAAUUAUUAUUGCGAUAAAAGCAGAAUUUUGGUCUUUUCCGUGGAUUAUGGAUUUGAGAAGGAAGUUGAUCUUCACAAUGUGUGGAAAAUGCAUCCCUCCCUUCUCCACGUACCAUUUCAGGUUGUGGAAUUCUUCUGUGAGGACCUCAACCCAUCUGACAUUCAAGUCGGCUCUAAAAUUGAGGCUACAUGUGUCAGAGUUGAUUCUGAACUGAACGUGGAGAUUGAGCUGCAGAAAAUUCUUUAAUCUUAUGAGCCUCUCAUUUUAUUCAACCCGUCAAUUCAACUGUGAAAUUCGUGGCAAAGCUGUGUCAUCCAGAUGGAUAAUAUUUUCUCACACCUUUUCUUUUAUUAAACAGAACUUGCUAUGUGUGAAAGGGUUUCAAUGUGUUAUGUAGCCAUUGUGCAUCGAUCCUAUCUCUUUGGCCUGUAUUUGUCGAAAGGGGUGCGUAAUAUUCCGGCGCAGCUUGCCUUUUGGUGCAGGAUUGGCCGCGGCAGAUGAUUCGAGUUUAUUUUUCCUAGUUUCAUUAAAGCCGAA